AUGGCGCCAUCACAGCUAUCCCCGGCCAUUCCCAACCACACCAAGACCUCCAAGACGGUUGAAACCCGUCUCUUCAUCAACAAUGAAUUUGUAGAGUCUGUUUCUGGCAAGCGCUUCGAUGUCAUUGACCCCUCCACCGAGAAAGUCAGCGCUUCAGUCUACGAGGCAGACGUCGAGGAUGUCGAACUUGCCGUCCAGGCUGCCAAAGCUGCUUUUCCCGCCUGGUCAGAACGAAACGCUGUUGAGAGGGCCCAUUUCUUGAACAAGUGGGCCGAUGCCCUGGAAAAGGCCGCCGACGAAAUUUCCUAUCUUGAUAGCAUCACCAUGGGCAAGCCAGCCUUUCCUGAUCGACUGGCCCCCAUGGUACCCAUCAUAAUCCGCUUUUUUGCCUCAAAGGCCCUCGACAUUACAGGAGAAAGCUCGCUCAACACGGCCGGCUUUCUCAACGUUAGUCUUAGGCAGCCAUAUGGCGUUUGCGCCGCCAUUACCCCGUGGAAUGCCCCCCUCAUGAUGCUGGCAUACAAGGUCUCGGCCGCCCUCAUCACGGGCAACACCCUUGUCCUCAAAUCGAGCGAAAAGUCCCCGCUCAGCUCCCUCGUGGCGGCCAGAUGCGCUUUGGAGGCCGGCUUCCCCCCUGGCGUGUUAAACAUCCUCAGUGGCUACGGCCGUCCGUGUGGCGAGGCGCUGGCACGGCACAUGGAGAUUCGCAAAAUCUCCUUCACAGGAAGCACUGCCACCGGCAAGGCCAUCCAGCGAGCCGCAGCCGAGACCAACUUGAAGAGUGUCUCGCUUGAACUAGGCGGCAAAAGUCCGCUCCUCGUGUUUGACGAUGCCAAUCUGGAAAAAGCCGUUAGCGCCGCCACCAUCUCGAUCCUCAUGAACUCUGGCCAGGUAUGCAACGCCACCACGCGCAUCUAUGUCCACGAGAAGCUCGCACAAGAUUUCAUUGGCGGCAUUAAAGCCGCCAUGUCUGCCAUGGGGGCGAGCGGUAAUCCCCUGCACGAAGGGACCAUGCGCGGCCCCCAGGCUGACAGGGCGCAAUUUGAGCGCAUCUUGUCUUACCUUGACCUCGCAAAGCAGUCUGGUGUUUCCAUAGCUUUGGGAGGAAACCGUGAAUCAUCUCCCGGAUACUUUGUUGAGGCUACUCUUCUCACUGAUGUGCCUGAGGAUUCAAGGCUUGUCAAGGAGGAGAUUUUCGGUCCUGUGCUUAUUGUCAACCGCUUUACUGAUGAAGAAGACGUCUUACAACGUGCCAAUGACACCGAGUACGGUCUCUGGGCUAGUGUCUUUACCAAUGAUGUAAGCCGGGCCAUCCGCGUGGCCAAAAGGUUGGAAGCUGGAAGCGUAGGCGUUAACUGUACAUCGCCGGUAUUAGCCAUGGACAUGCCGUUUGGAGGGUGGAAGAGCUCCGGACAGGGACGUGAAUUCAGUCGAUACGCGACUGAUUAUUGGACGGAGCUUAAGACUGUGUACUUUGCUUACUGA